AUGUCAGAAGAUCUUGCCGAGCAAUCAGAGCUCAUGGGUCUGACCACCUCUCCUGGUCACAAGCGAAAGCGUGAAUCCGGCAGUCCUGACUUGUCGAGGAAUAAGCGUCCUGCACCAGCUGCCCACAUGUCUACCGACGCGGCCUCGUUUAUUGACAGUGCCAUGGAGAGCCACGCUGUGAACGCCAAUGGUGUCAACGUUGCCGAUUUCAACGCUCUGCAGCAGGCCACCCAAGAACAUGACCACCCUGAUGCCCCAGACCCUACCAGUGCUACCAGUACUGCUCAGGCUGCUCUUGGGAUGUAUCCCACUCUGCAUGUCCCGCCUUCUACAGAAGAACAGUUCGCUGCCCAGGCGGCGACAGACCCCGACCACGGCCACGACACAUCUUUCAACCCCGAUGUGACACCCUCAGUCGACGGCAUCAUGGAACCUCCUCAGGUUGGCCCUCCCCAGCAUCAGCACACGCCUCCAAAUGGCGUCCCGCAUGCGCCACCACGAUACAAUCCCGCCGCACCCAACCCCAAACCUACCGUUGGGUCAGAAGAGUGGCACAAGAUGCGAAAAGACAACCACAAAGAAGUGGAGCGUCGCCGACGUGAAACAAUCAAUGAGGGUAUUAACGAACUCGCCAAGAUUGUCCCUGGUUGCGAAAAGAACAAGGGUUCUAUUUUGCAACGUGCUGUCAGCUUUAUUUCGCAGCUCAAAGAAAACGAACAACAGAAUAUUGAGAAGUGGACGCUUGAGAAGCUGCUCACGGAGCAAGCCAUUACAGAGCUAAGUGCUUCCAACGACAAACUCAAACACGAAUGCGAGCGGCUUUACCGUGAGCUCGAGAUCUGGAAGCGCGUGGCGCAGAAUGCUGGCCUUGAGCCACCGCAGCCCAAGGAGGAGAACAACACUGCUACUGCAUCGAGCUAG